AUUUAGGAAAUAUCUUAAAUGUAAAGAUGAAAACUAUCAAAUGAAUCCUAGGGAUAUUUAUUAAAAUAAUAGGAUAGCACUGCUUUUAUCUUUUAACGUUCUUCGUUCACGGAAAUACAAGAAUAUCGAAUCAAGAUGGGAAAAGUUAAAUGUUCUGAAUUGAGGAGCAAAGAUAAGAAGGAGUUGCUGAAGCAACUCGAAGAAUUAAAAACAGAACUUACAAACUUAAGAGUAUCUAAAGUAACUGGAGGAGCUGCUUCUAAAUUAUCUAAAAUCCGUGUUGUCAGGAAAGCUAUAGCCCGCGUAUAUAUUAUUAUGCAUCAAAAACAAAAAGAAAACCUCCGGUUACUUUUUAAGAACAACAAAUACAAACCUUUGGAUUUGAGACCAAAAAAAACCAGGGCAAUACGACGUAAGCUAACACCUUUUCAAGUUAGCAGAAAACCAUUGAAAGAAAUUCGAAAACAGUCAACAUACCCUUUAAGAAAAUAUGCUUUGAAGGUAUAAUAUGUAUUAUUACUAUUUCAAAAUAAAAUACAUAAAAACUA